CACACUCCGACCAUGCUAUCAGGCCAGGCAGCCACAUGACGUCAUUUCCUUUUCCGCCUCAGCGCUGUCGCCUACACAGCACGAGUGUUGAUAUACACAUCUUCAAUGCUGACUUUUUUUCUACUAAACACCGUCAAAUAACACUUUCUUGGCAAUUAUGAGACCCAUUCUACUGCAGGGGCACGAGAGGUCCAUCACGCAGAUCAAGUACAACCGAGAAGGAGACCUGAUCUUCUCUGUGGCCAAAGACACUGUGGUAAAUGCAUGGUACUCGGUCAACGGGGAACGCCUGGGCACCUAUAAUGGACACACAGGAGCUGUGUGGUGUGUCGACUGCGACUGGGACACAAAGAAUGUACUGACGGGAUCUGCCGAUAAUAGCUGUCGACUGUGGGACUGCGAAACAGGUAAACAGCUGGCCCUGGUCAACACCAACUCUGCCGUGAGAACGUGCGGCUUCGACUUCAGCGGCAACAUCAUCAUGUUUUCCACAGACAAGCAGAUGGGCUACAAGUGCUUCCUCAACUUUUUUGACCUGAGGGAUCCACAGCAAAUUGAAGACAACCAGCCCUACUUGACAGUGCCGUGCAGCGAGCAGAAAAUCACCAGUGCUGUGUGGGGGCCGCUGGGCGAAUUUGUCAUCGCCGGCCACGACAAUGGCGAGAUCAACCAGUUCAGUGCCAAGUCAGGAGAGAUCUUGAAGACGGUCAAGGAGCACACCAAGCAGAUCAACGACAUCCAGUCGUCCGUGGACCUGACCAUGGUCAUCACCGCGUCCAAGGAUAACACGGCCAAACUCUUUGAUGCAUCCUCCCUGGAUCACAUCAAAACUUUCAGGACAGAAAGACCCGUCAACUCCGCCUCCAUCUCCCCCAUCAUGGACCACGUGGUGAUGGGUGGAGGUCAAGAGGCCAUGGAGGUGACCACCACCUCCACAAGGAUCGGAAAGUUCGAGGCCAGGUUUUUUCACGCCGUCUACGAAGAGGAGUUCGGCAGGGUCAAAGGUCAUUUUGGACCCAUCAACUGCGUGUCUUUCCACCCUGAUGGCAAGAGUUACAGCAGUGGCGGAGAGGAUGGAUAUGUGAGGAUUCACUACUUUGACUCCCCAUACUUUGACUUUGAGCUGGAGGCGUAAACGACAACCAGUUUGCUGAGCUCUGCCUUCCCUGGUAUCAUCAUUUUCCACACACAAACAACAUGUCUGGUUUGGAUGUCUUUCCAAAAACUUGUUGGAAGCCCACAAUGCAGAAUUAUGGACACAUUUUAUGUAAUAUCAUUCUACCAACAAAGUUACUUUUCGUCAUACA